AUGGCUGAUAAUUUACAAUCCUCUACGCAAGCCAGUGGGACAUCCACACCGAGUUCUAGUGCGAGAGAAGCACCUGCUGCCGAGUUCAAGGUGUAUAGGCCUCCAUCUGCAUCAACAACCAGCCGUCGCCUGGAAGAGCUACCAGACUCUUAUUUCACUCCGUCCCCUGGCGAUCUGAAGGCUGCGCAAGCAACGCUAAGCGCUCGGACACGAGCAUUGGUCGAUGCCCCACUACGACUUCGAGCUCAGCGAGAGGCAGCAGAGAAAUCGAAGAGAGAUCGAUGGCCGAAUACAACGAUACGUGUGAGGUUCUCUGAUCGGACACAGCUUGAGAAGACAUUCCCUUCGACAGACAAAAUUCGCUCUGUGUAUGCGUUUGUGCGAUCGUCCCUCCGAGAUGAUGUCAAGUCUAUCAAGUUCAUAUUAUAUCAAUCUCCUCCCAAGCGCGACCUGAAGGUAUCAGACCCAACUGUCCGUGAUUUAAGCUUGGUAGAACUGCAACUUGCACCGUCAUCAAUACUCCUUCUGCGUUUUGAAGAUGAGUCACUGAAUGGCACGAGUGUCCCCGCACCGCUGUUGUCAUCCAUUGCAGCACGAGCGAUUGAGCUGCCCAAACCCCCAGCUGUUGAUGCCGAACCACCCAAGGCGGGGAAGUCAGCCAUACCUUCCGCAACAACGUCGAGCACGAAUACCGAGAAGAAGAUACCCAAGUGGUUGAAGGCAGGUCUAAGGAAGUGA